CUGCAGUCACCUGCAGGCUGACUAAUCGAAAUUCAGACGCUGGAGCGAGUCAAGAACUUGGCAAGCGAAAUCCAGCAACGAGAUGCUGAGCUCCUCCCUGAACCCCCAGAAUGACAGCUGGACAGAGCUCUUCUCUCUGCUUUUGGGUCUUGGCGCUGUCCUCUACUUGGGCUACUACUGGACAUGGGUGCCCCAGACACCUCGGCUGUUCACUGGGUCCCAGUUACGGGCCUUCCUGGAGCAACACUGUCCACUCACCGUGGAGACUUUCUACCCCACGUUCUGGUGUGUGGAGGGGCGGCUUCAAACCAUCUUCCGGGUCUUCCUGCAGCCCCGGCCUGUAGUCUCUUACUGGAGUGAAGUUCUCCAAACCCCAGAUGGGGGGCAGCUCCUCCUCGACUGGGCCGGUCAGCAUAACUGCAGCCAACGCCCAGACCCCAGCACCCAGCCCAUCGUAUUGCUGCUUCCUGGCAUCACAGGCAGUAGCCAGGAGACAUACAUCUUGCACCUAGUGGACCAAGCUUUGAAGGAUGGCUACAGAGCUGUCGUACUUAAUAACCGCGGCUGCCGUGGCGAAGAACUGCUGACCUACAGGGCCUACUGUGCCAGCAACACGGAAGAUCUGGAGGCAGCUGUGAACCACAUAAAGGGCCACUACUCUCAGGCUCCACUGCUGGCCGUGGGCAUCUCUCUUGGAGGGAUAUUAGUGCUGAACUACCUGGCUCGAACAGGACGGGCCGCAGGGGUGGUGGCAGGACUGACUCUUUCUGCCUGCUGGGAUAGCUUCGAGACCAUCAGCUCCCUGGAGAGCCCCCUGAAUUCACUGCUCUUCAAUCAGUACCUCACUGCUGGGCUUUGCCGAGUUAUCAACCGAAACAGAAAGGUGAUGGAGAAGGUGGUGAAUGUAGACUCCGUGCUCCAGGCUCGCACAAUCCGCCAGUUUGAUGAGCGCUACACGGCUGUGGCCUUUGGCUAUCAAGAUUCUGCUGCCUAUUACCGGGCAGCAAGCCCAAGAACCAAGGUAGAUGCCAUCCAGAUCCCCGUGCUCUGCCUCAAUGCAGCUGAUGACCCCUUCUCCCCAGUCCAUGCCCUUCCCUUACAGGCUGCCCAACAUUCUCCCCAUGUCGCACUGCUUGUCACACCCCGGGGUGGCCACAUCGGCUUCCUGGAAGGGCUGCUCCCCUGGAAGCACUGCUACAUGAGCCGCCUCUUGCAUCAAUAUGCCAGGGCCAUCUUCCAGCACCCGGAGGAGCUGCUCAGCCUCAGGGUGCCCACACUUUCUGAGGGAGGCAAGAGCUGACAAGAGUACCAUUUGGGGCAUCAGUUCAGUUUUCCCUUGUUUAUUAAAUAUUACUGUUUCCUGCCAAA